AUGCUUGCGAUUUCCUACAGAUUCGCAGCCAGACCCGUGAACGUCACCCCCGAUGCAGUUGCCCAACAAGUCCGUCAGGUCGCUACGGAGAUCUGCAUUAUGCACAUGCUCAAGAAGAAGGGGCAACUCGCCAACAUCUGCAAUGUUGAUGUGCACGACCGCAAGAUCCAAGCCUAUCUCAAUUCGUGUGUUCUGCACCCGUCUGCGGAUGGAAACUGGGAGACGGCCUUGAGAUUCCGCAGCAAGCAUGUCAAGGACGUGCUCUUUUUUGUUUUCAAGCAGAUCGGCGGCGAACAGGAGCCAGAUGUGGAGUCCAAGACUUCCUCUGACCAUGUUGGACUGCCAAAGGAGCAACCGGUGCUUACCAAUUUGCCCUUGAGUGACCCGACCGUGAAGUUUAUCUUCUUCAAGAGAUUGGCUCAAGUGACCGGCUAUCGCUUCUCGGACAAGAACAUCAACACCCUGACUACUGUCGGGCAGGCCAUGGAACACCUCCAAAACUGGGCCGAGUCCCGCUCCCCCAAGGCCAAGAAGAAGCAAUGGUUCGACGACGUUGCCCUCCCGUCAAAUAUCAGGUUCAGGCCUCGCAAGGAGAAGAAGUCGGACCGGGACGAGGAUUUCGGCCGCAAGAAGCUCUACAUGGCGGAGCUCUACAAAACUGGCCUGUACCAGGUUCCCGAUACCAUUGUUCCCCCAUGGAAGCGGCCGGCGUCCCAGUAG